AUGGACGUCAACAGAGGAUUUGGAUUGAGGGACACUGUGCUGGCGCUCUUACUCGCUGUCCUCCAGGGAUUUCCUCUUGGGGAAACGGCCCCGAACCCGUCGCCGCUGGUUGGAUCCAACUGGGGGAACCCGAGGAGAUAUGUUCACCUGCAGACAUCCACAGACCUCAACAACUUCUACUUGGAGAUCAGAUUAGAUGGCACUGUGCGCAAAACUACAGUCAGGAGUUCAUAUAGUGUGAUUUUACUGAAAGCUGAAACAAGGGAGCGCGUUGCCAUCCUCGGCGUUAAAAGCAGCCGUUACCUGUGUAUGGAUUUGGAGGGGAACCCAUUCAGCUCUCCCACCUGCCUCAGGGACGACUGUCUGUUCAACCACAGACUUCUGGAGAACAACCGGGACGUGUACUACUCGUGCCGGACCGGCAUCCUGUUCAACCUGGAAGGCUCCCGGCAGGUGUUCUCAGCGGGCCAGAACCUGCCGCAGACUUCCCUCUUCCUGCCCAAGAAGAACACGGUGCCGCUGGAACGCCUCCUGCUGCACAGGGAGAAGAGGAACCAGCUGGUGGAUCCAUCCGACCCGCACAACGUCUACUUGGGUCAGACCGAGGAGGGCUCCGACUCUCGGGCCGUGCCGGAAGACGACGCCGACCUGGAGGUGGAGGUGGAGGUUGGGGACGAUGGGCGCAACGUGUCCCGGGAGACGCCGCUGGCUCCGUCCACCCACGACCCCUGGAACGUGCACUCGUCCAACCCGGCCAGCCCCCGGAGCACCGGGACCAUGGGGUGA